GAGUUUUUAUUUAUUAGAAAUUCUUUUUUAUAUUUAAAAUAAAGAAAUUUGAUAAAUUAAUUUGUAUAAUUUUUUUUACUUUUAAUGUCAGAUAGAAGAAAAGGUAAGAGAUCUUACAGUCGCUCUAGAUCAAGAUCAAGAUCUAGAUCCAGAAAUAAAAAGCACUCUAAAAAUAGCACGACAGACUAUCACCGCAGCUCUUAAAACAGCAGUAAUACACAUUCUAAUAAUGGAGGUGGAAGUAACAAUAGUAGGAGAAAUACAGAAAGUUCAAGCUAUCAAUCAAGUAGCAAAAACAAUAACUCUUCAAGUGGAAACUCUAGAAACGAUUCUAAUUACUCUUCUAGUAAUUAUUAAGCAAGCAAUUCAAGUAGUAGUAUGAAUAAAGAUUCUAAGAGCUCAAAAGAAAGCAAAGAUAGUAGAGAUCAUAGAGAUAGCAAAGAUAACAGAGAUUACAGAGAUAACAAAGAUAGUAGAGAUUUUAAAGACAAUAGAGAAAAAGAUCACAGAGAUAGUAGAGAUUACAAAGAUCAUAGAAGUAGAAAAGAUUCAAGAGAUAGGGAUAGAGACAGAGAGAGAGAGAAAGAGAGAGAAAACAAGUCAUCUUCAAACAAAGAUGCAAAAAAGCAUUCAUCAUCAUAGAAUAAAAAGGAAAGCAGCUAUUCAAGAUCACGUUCACACUCUCGCCAUCGCUCUUCGAGAUCAUCAUCUUCAUCAGACGAAAAGAAAAAGUAGAAAUCACUUGAAAAACUACAAAGCAGCUCUCAGCAAUGGAACUUUAAAGCAAAGUACGAUGAAUCUAAGUGGUUGAUGAUUGAGAAUAUACCAGACACAAUAGAAAAAAAGGAUAUUGAAGAGAAACUUACUCAAGUCAGUGCAGACUGUGGUACUUCUAUUUAUGAUGAUGUCAGAUUAGUGUAGUAUCUUGGGAGUGCUUACAUUUAAUAUCCUUCAGUGAGUGCAGCUUCUAAGACCUUAUAUCAUCUAAAAGGAAAGGUUAAACUAAGAGAUUAAUUCUAUCCAAUCGAUUUUUACAAUACCACAUCAAGUUCUAAUGGGAGUGGAAGUGGUGGAAAUUAAUCAAAAGCAGCUACUUUGUAUGACAAUAUUUAAGCUGAUUGGAUUUGUGAUAAAUGUGAUUACAAGAAUUUUGCGAAGAGAGUUAAAUGCAAUAAAUGUGAAAAGCCACGUUCUUCUAGCUGUAGAUUAAUUAUGAGUAGUGUUAGUGGUGUCAAACCUUCCCUUGGAUCUAGCUCUGGUGCUUAAGGUGAACUUACUACAUCUUUGAUGAUUAGAGGUAAUGUAGUAUCAACUAUAAGUGAAUCUCAUUUAAUAGAUGCAUUUGAAAAAUAUGCUAAGAUUAAGGAUGUUAGACUAGUAAAAAAUAAGCAAACUCUUUAAUAAAAAGAUUUUGCUUUUGUUGAAUUUUAUACAAUUGAAGAUGCUGAAAUGGUAUUAGCAUAAACAAAUGUUCCUGAAUUCAGAGUAGCUGGUGAGCCUGUAACAGUUUUGAUUAGUAGAAAUAAGAAGGCUGAAGAUACAAGUGCAUCUUAUCCUAUGGUAGCUGCAACUACUUAUGAUUAUCACUAAUAAUAAUAUGGAGCUCAAUAUGAUUAUAGCUAAUACUACUAAUAAAUGUAUUCUUAAUAUGGAUAGUAACCAGCCUAUAUUGAUUAUGACGCAGUAGGGUACACAGCUUAUGAUUAAUAGCAACAAUAGCUUCAGUAAGUUUAUUAAUAAUAAUAAGAACAGAUACUACCAGCUUCACCAUAUAAGUAAGUAUAACAAUCAUAAUUAUAAGCUUCCAUACCUAACUAAAUUCAGUUAAAUACUGUUUAGUAGUAAUUGCCAUAAUAGCAAGUUGCACCUUAGAUGUAAUUUGACGUCACUUAUGAAACUUUUGAUUAGUCUGAUUUGAUAAAGUAAGCUCUUGAAAAUGUUAAGAAUCACUCUCUAUCUUUAUAACAACAAAAAGAAGAAGAAAAAUAGAAGCAAGAAUCUUUAAGAAUUUAACAACAUUAAGAAGAAUAGAAAAAAAAGGAGUAAGCUGAAAAAAAUAUCUAAGCAUAAAAGACUAUGGAGGAUCAAAUAAAACUUUUAGAAGAGUAGAAAAAGGCUUUGAAAAAAUCAGAAGAUGAAAAUAAAAUGAAAGAAGUUCAAAAUAAGAUAAAAGAAAAGCAGGAUGAGCAGUAAAGACAAAAGUAAAGAUUAGAAAAAUUAAAAGAAGUGUCAUAAAAAGACGAGGUGAGCAUAGAAAAAUAAUAAGAUUCUUAAAAGAGUGGUGAAGAUAAUAAAAUGAAUUUUAUAUAAUUUGAAACAAAUGCCUUUUCAACAUCCUCUAUGCCCUUAAAAACAAUAGACAUUUAGCUAAAUGGUUUAAACAGCUCAUCUUAAAAAUAAAAAGAAAAAAUUUACAUAUGUUCGAUUUGUAAAAGUAAGUUUGAAUCAGAAAAGGCUGUAAAUAUUCACAACACUCAUUCUAAAUUGCACAAAGAAAAUUUGAAACUUUAUGGUUUAAUUUGA